CGGCUGUGCCCGUGCCCAGCCCCGCGCGGGGGGAGCCGCCGCAGCCCCCGCCCCGUCUUUGUGGCCGCCGAGGUCGCCGCAGCGGUGUCGCGGGAGGCUCGCGGGGAGGCGGCAGGCAUGGGGCUGCAGCCCCUGGAGUUCAGCGACUGCUACCUGGACAGCCCCUGGUUCCGCGAGCGGGUGCGAGCCCACGAGGCCGAGCUGGAGAGGACCAAUAAGUUCAUCAAGGAGUUGCUCAAGGAUGGGAAGAACCUCAUCGCCGCCACCAAGAACCUUUCUGCAGCCCAGAGAAAAUUUGCACAUUCUUUGAGAGACUUUAAAUUUGAAUUCAUUGGUGAUGCAGAGACAGAUGAUGAAAGAUACAUAGAUGCAUCACUUCAUGAGUUUUCAAACUUCUUAAAAACUCUGGAAGAACAAAGAGAAAUUUUGGCGCUCAGUGUUACUGAAACUCUGAUCAAACCUUUGGAAAGAUUUAGGAAAGAACAGCUAGGAGCUGUAAAGGAGGAAAAGAAAAAGUUUGAUAAAGAGACAGAGAAGAACUACAGUUUGUUAGAAAAGCAUUUGAACUUAUCAGCUAAGAAGAAAGAGCUACAAUUGCAAGAGGCAGAUAACCAAGUGGAGCAGACUAGAAAACACUUCUAUGAGCUGUCCCUUGAGUACGUAUGCAAGUUGCAAGAGAUACAGGAACGGAAGAAAUUUGAGUGUGUGGAACCUGUGCUGUCAUUUUUUCAGGGUUUGUUCACUUUCUAUCAUCAGGGAUAUGAACUCGCUAAAGACUUCAAUCAUUAUAAAAUGGCCCUGCAGAUAAAUAUACAAAAUACACGAAAUCGUUUUGAAGGAACAAGGUCAGAGGUAGAGGAGCUUAUGAACAAGAUCAGAAGAAAUCCUCAGGAACAUAAAAGAGCAAAUCACUUCACCAUGGAAGGCUAUCUCUAUGUACAGGAAAAAAGGCCUGCUCCCUUUGGUUCCAGUUGGGUGAAGCAUUAUUGCAUGUAUAGGAAAGAGACAAAGAAGUUCACCAUGAUCCCAUUUGAACACAGAUCAGGAGGGAAAGUUGGUGAUGAGGAACUCUUCGUCCUUACAUAUUGUACCAAAAGAAACACAGAUACUAUAGACAGGCGAUUCUGUUUUGACUUAGAAGCUUCAGACAGGCCUGGAGUUCCUGUGACCAUGCAGGCAUUUUCUGAGGAGGACAGGAGGUUGUGGAUGGAAGCCUUGGAUGGAAAAGAAGCUCUGUUCAUCAAUUCAAACAGAGCAAAUGCAAAACGAGAGGGAAGUGCACAAUUGGAUAAGAUAGGAUUCACUGUCAUCAAAAAGUGCAUCAGCGCUGUUGAAACACGAGGUAUAAAUGACCAAGGAUUGUACAGAGUUGUGGGGGUGAGUUCAAAGGUCCAGAGACUUCUGAGUUUGUUGAUGGAUGCAAAAACUUGCAAUGAAGUUGACCUGGAAAACUCUGUAGAUUGGGAAGUGAAGACAAUUACUAGUGCUAUGAAGCAAUAUCUGCGAAGCCUUCCAGAGCCACUGAUGACAUACGAGUUGCAUGGAGAAUUCAUCGUUCCUGCCAAAAGUGGGAGUCCUGAAUCUCGAGUUAAUGCUGUUCACUUCUUGGUCCAUAAACUCCCAGAAAAGAACAAAGAGAUGCUGGAAAUUCUGGUGAAACAUUUAGCGAAUGUUUCAAAGCAUGCCAAGAGGAAUCUAAUGACUGUGGCAAAUCUAGGGGUAGUAUUUGGACCAACAUUAAUGAGGCCACAGGAAGAAACUGUAGCAGCCAUCAUGGACCUUAAGUUUCAGAAUAUCGUCGUCGAAAUCCUGAUAGAAAAUCACGAGAAGAUUUUUAAAACACUGCCUGAUGCCACUUUCCCUGAGCCAAUCUCUAUGUCAGUAUCUCCUCCAAACGCCCCACCAAGGCAAUCAAGAAGACAAGGACAACGUAUUAAGAGGCCUCUGGCUGUUUACAAUCUAUGUCUUGAGCUGGAUGAUGCUGACAGUCACGGCUCUCCCAGAGAAGACACCCCAACUGGGAGCAUGGAUUCUCUUUCUUCCCAGUCUCCAACACCUGCCUUCUCUAGUAGCCCCCCUGGGCUCCUGGAUGGAAAUCAUCUUAUUGUGGACAGUGGAGAUCUUGCAGCCUGGACAACAAAUCUUCCUAGUCAAAGCCGCCCGUCGAUGGUCUCAUGGAUGAAUACUCCAUCUGCUAACGCAGCCACCACAACUACUGCACAAUCCACUUUCUUCUUCCCUAACCCUACCACUGGGAGUGACAGGGCAGUGGAAAGUGUUACCCAAAGAAAAGCAAGAGCAGUUUAUCCAUGUGAAGCAGAACACAGCUCUGAAUUAUCAUUUCAGAUAGGAGCAAUUUUUGAAGAUGUGCAAUUUUCCAGAGAACCAGGAUGGCUAGAGGGCACGCUAAAUGGCAAGAGAGGACUUAUUCCACAAAAUUAUGUUCAGUUUUUAUAGCUUUGUGUAUUGAAUGCCAAGAAAGGUGUACAUGGUAUCCAUGGAUUUUUGUUAUAGUCACUUCUCUCUUCUUUUGUGACUGCUUUUAAUCAACGAAGAGCCUGAUUAUGGGUUGAAGAUUCUAAUCUGUGUAAAGACAUUAAGCAUUGCCAAAUAUGAAUUACAAA